AUGGCUCCCUCGUCGCCUCUCCGAACGGGCUACCUCGUCCUCUACAAUGCCCUGUCCUGCGCCGCCUGGGCCGUGGUCCUGUACCGCACCGUCACCAGCUGCCUCACCAUCGGCUACCCGUACACAUACCUUGAAGUCGGCGAGUGGACGCGCUGGACACAGACGGCCGCGUGCCUCGAGGUUCUGCACUCUCUAUUCGGAAUUGUCCGCGCUCCCAUCGCCACCACCGUGAUGCAGGUCAUGUCGCGCCUCCUCCUCGUCUGGGGCAUCACCUACCCCUUUCCCUUCGUCACGCAGGCGCCCUUUUACGCCUCCAUGCUCGUCGCCUGGUCCGUCACCGAGGUCAUCCGCUACUCGUACUUUGCCACCAGCCUCGCCGGCCUCCAGCCCUCUUUCCUGACGUUUCUGCGCUACAACACCUUCUUCAUCCUCUACCCGCUCGGCAUCUUCUCCGAGUGCUCCCUCAUCUUCAUCACCUCCAAGUUUCUGCAGGGCGCGGAGCAGUACAUGCUCUACGCCAUUCUCGCCAUCUACAUUCCUGGUUCCUACACUCUGUACACGUACAUGAUGAAGCAGCGCUCCAAGGUCUUUGGUGGUGCGCAGACCGCCAAAAAGACCCAAUAA